AUCGUUUUCGCUCCACCUUUUAGGACUCUCUCCCUCUCUCUUUCUCUGACUGCCCUAAUCUCAACAAUUAUAUAUACAUCUCCUCCCAUCAAAUUCCCAAACCGUUCUUUCUUGCUCUCCUCUCCCGAAAACAAAUCUCCCUUUGCUUAAUCACACUUACCGGCAUACAAGUGAGAUGGGUAGCUCUGAUUUUUCAUGGAAAUUGGCGGAUCACCCGAAGCUCCCCAAGGGGAAGGCUGUAGCCGUGGUCGUCUUGGAUGGAUGGGGUGAAGCCAAUCCUGAUAAGUAUAACUGCAUCCAUGUCGCUGAGACCCCUACAAUGGAUUCUCUCAAAAAGGGUGCACCGGAAAAAUGGAGGUUGGUGAGGGCUCAUGGUACAGCAGUAGGGCUUCCAACUGAGGAUGACAUGGGUAACAGUGAGGUUGGUCAUAAUGCACUUGGUGCUGGGCGGAUUUAUGCCCAAGGUGCAAAACUUGUGGACAUUGCUCUUGCCUCAGGAAAAAUCUAUGAAGGAGAAGGUUUUAAUUACAUUAAGGAAUGUUUUGGAUCUGGCACAUUGCACCUCAUCGGAUUAUUGAGUGAUGGGGGUGUCCACUCCCGGCUUGAUCAGCUGCAGUUGCUUCUAAAAGGAUCCAGCGAAAACGGUGCAAAGAGAAUCCGUGUUCAUAUUCUCACUGAUGGUCGUGAUGUUCUUGAUGGUUCAAGUGUAGGCUUUGUUGAGAUUCUUGAGAAUGAUCUUGCACAGUUACGAGAGAAAGGCAUUGAUGCAAAGAUUGCCUCUGGUGGGGGUCGCAUGUAUGUCACAAUGGAUCGUUAUGAGAAUGACUGGGGUGUGGUGAAAAGAGGAUGGGAUGCUCAGGUUCUUGGUGAAGCACCGCACAAGUUUAGAAGUGCCUUGGAAGCUGUCAAAAAGUUGAGGGAGGAACCCAAAGCCAAUGACCAAUACUUGCCUCCAUUUGUUAUAGUUGACGAGAGUGGGAAGGCUGUGGGCCCAAUUGUGGAUGGUGAUGCUGUUGUGACAUUUAACUUCCGUGCAGAUCGUAUGGUCAUGCCUGCAAAGGCACUUGAGUAUGAAAACUUUGAUAAAUUUGAUCGUGUUCGAUUUCCAAAGAUCCGCUAUGCAGGAAUGCUUCAAUAUGAUGGCGAGUUAAAACUUCCAUCCCAUUACCUUGUCUCUCCUCCAGAGAUAGAGAGGACCUCUGGUGAAUAUUUGGUGCACAAUGGUGUCCGGACUUUUGCAUGCAGUGAGACUGUGAAAUUUGGUCAUGUCACUUUUUUCUGGAAUGGGAAUCGAUCUGGGUAUUUUAAUGAAGAAAUGGAGGAGUAUGUGGAAAUUCCCAGUGACAGUGGAAUUACGUUCAAUGUCCAACCAAAAAUGAAGGCAUUGGAGAUUGCUGAGAAGGCAAGGGAUGCAAUUCUUAGUGGCAAGUUCCACCAGGUACGUGUAAACCUACCUAAUGGUGACAUGGUGGGGCAUACUGGAGACAUUGAGGCAACAGUCGUGGCUUGCAAAGCCGCUGAUGAAGCUGUCAAGAUGAUCCUUGAUGCGAUAGAGCAAGUGGGUGGCAUUUAUGUUGUUACAGCAGAUCAUGGGAAUGCUGAGGACAUGGUGAAAAGGGACAAGCGUGGGCAACCUCUUCUUGACAAGAGUGGAAAGAUUCAAAUCCUCACUUCUCACACUCUUCAACCUGUACCAAUAGCGAUUGGUGGUCCUGGACUGCUGCCUGGGGUCAGAUUCCGCAAGGAUGUUCUUGAUGGUGGGCUCGCCAAUGUAGCUGCAACAGUGAUGAAUCUCCAUGGGUUCGUGGCUCCAAGCGAUUACGAGCAAACUCUCAUCGAGGUUGUUGAGAAUUAGUUGAUGAUGUUACUAUUGUUUAGACUAAAAGAAAUAGUCAUGACCUCAUGGGGACUCAUAGGGGUUAAAAAAGCGUAGCGUAUUUUAUGAUAAAAAGGUCUAAUAAUUAAUCUUCCAUUUUGGAAUGGCCCUCAGAAUGUGUUGGGAGAGGUGCCCUACAGCUACAGGCUACAGAAGUUUUUGUUAGAAAUUACAAUGUUGUCUCAACUGAAGUGACUUUGUUUUUCUUAUGAGUGAGAGUAUAUGUCAGACGGCAGGUUGAGGAUUUUAUUUUAGUUUCCGCUUCUCUUCUCAGACUGCUCUUAAAGGAAGCUGGAUGCAGUUUUUUUUUUCUUGAA